AUGCCUCUUUUGGUGGUUACUGGACAUCCAUCCUGUGGGAAAUCGACAAUUGUUCAACGAGUCCGUGAAUAUUUCACCGUCGAAGGGAAGGAAGUGGUUAUUAUCGGCGAUGAUGAUGAUUCUCUUCUCAGCAGAGACGAUUACAACAAUGCCAGUAAGGAAAAAGAACAUCGCUCAUUCCUGCGCUCUUCAGUGCAGAAGUCCUUGAAUCAAAACACUGUUGUUAUAUGUGAUGCUUUAAACUACAUUAAAGGAUAUAGGUAUGAAUUGUUCCUCAUUGCCAAGCUGUGUAAAACUACGUACGCUGUGCUUUACUGCCACGCUUCCGCUGACACGUGUGUAUGGUUGAACCAGAAAAAGGAGGAGCUGCACAGGUAUAAAGAAGAUACCAUUCACGAACUUAUAGCCCGAUACGAGAAACCCGACCAACGCAAUAGAUGGGACUCUCCACUGUUUGAUGUUAAUGUCGGAAAAAGUGAGAGAAAUCAUACUGAAAGUGUGCCAGAUGACAUGAAUGUAGAUCUGGAGCACCCUUCACCAAAAUUUGUCGAACUUCCUUUAUCAGAUAUCUUCAAGUGGCUUUGUGAGGGAACAGCCCUUGUGGAGAAUCAAAGUACGCAGAAUCCACCACUAGCACCAAUCAACUUCCUGUAUGAACUUGAUCGUGUUACGCAAGAUGUUGUCAAUGCAGUCAUGGAAGGACAGCGGAAUACACCUGUUGGACAUUAUAUUGUUAUCUCGGCUCAUCAACCCGUCGAGAACAAGGUGAUGAUAAGAAAGUACCGUACUUUGGCAGUCCUGACACGAUUAAGGCGACAAUUCAUCAGCAUGUCCAAGUCAAAUCCGAUCGAUAGCAAGUCAAAAUUGGCUUCAUUAUUUGUGCAUUAUUUAAAUAGUAAUCCUUAG